UUUUGGCCGAGCCCCGCCAUGCCCGGCGCCGCAGCCGAGCGGGCGGAGCGGCCCCGGCCGGGCCGGCGCUGCCGCUGCCGGGAGCUCCGUGCGGGAGCGCCGCCCCCGCUGCCAUGGCCGCCCGCAGAGUUUGGAGUAUGUGAGGAGCUGCCAGAGGAAUCACUCAUCUUUUAAUUUCUGCUUCAUCAGAUGCUCCUGCCCUGCCCUGUGCCUCCAGGAGUGUGACCCCCCCAGUCCUGGGGCACCCCACAGCUGAGAUGGUGGCCUUUAACUGGAAGGCUCUGGAGAACUUCCCACUGCUGAUGUACAUUUUGGCAGCUAAAACAUUGAUCCUUUGCUUGGCCUUUGCUGGAGUCAAAAUGUACCAGAGCAAGAAAAUUGAGCAGAAACUGAAGAGGGAACGUGAGGAGAAACUGAAAGCAGAAGGAGAGAAGAAGGAUGAGUGAAGAGUGCCUCAGCAUUUUUUCUAGCAUGAUUUCCUCUGAAUGCAUUCAGCUUUCUCACCACUCUACUGGGACAGGACUCCCCAGGACAGACCUCCAGAGAUUUUGCUCCUUUCCUGCCAUUCUCAGACUCUCCCUUUGCCACAAAUUCUACGUUUUGAUGCUGCUGUGACUCCAUGGGCAGCUGGGCAUUUCUCCUCCUGGAAUGGGAAAUUUAAUGGAAGAAAUCAAUUGAAUUUAUGGAAUAAACCCACAAACCCAUCCGAUAAACACAGCAGGUUGGGACAGCUCUUUUCUCCCUUUUGAAAAUCCCACAGGCAAUUUAAUUCUCUGCAAAUCCCUAAAAAAUCCCACAUCACCAGGAGGCUGCCAGGACCUGUCCUGUCCCACAGAACGAGCUCCAGCCCAUGUCUGAUUCCAGUCCCAUCCCAGCCCCAUCCCAGCCCUCUGGGAACUCAGCACAUCACUCCGGGUGUCCAGAGCUACCGAGACAACCCUUGGGGGGCUUGGAAGUCCUGGAAUGUUGCCAAAAAUGUCUGGUGGCUUGACUUUGAUCCUUCUAAAGAAAUGACACCUGAGUGUGAGGAGAUGAGAGAUCUUCAAGUUUGAAUGGUGAAGGGAUGAUAUUCACAGGGUGAAACAUAGAUUUUAAUGCACUGUACAGGGGGGUUUUGAGUGUUGUACAGGGGGGUUUGGAAUCCUGUACAUGGGGGUCAGGAGUCCCAAGAUGGAGGGAUUUGGGCGUGCCCUGUCCUUCUUCUUUUUUCUCCUUGGCAUCCAUGUUCAGGAUGAUGUUGGCAUGUGUGGAUUGGUUCAUGGUGAAGGUGCACUUGCCAACAAGGGUGAAAAGUAUUGGAAAUUGAAGGUAAAUAUCUUAUACGUAGUUUUCACUAUAAAAGAGACAACCGCCCCGUGGGCGGGAGAGAGUGCCCUUGGCUGU